CCCAGGAACGCAACGGCACACUACGUAAACUGUCAUGGCGAGACCCAUGAAGGGGGUUUGCUAUUGGCAGGAAUAGCCGCUGCAAUUCGGCACAUUUCAAUAGAUUCUUGAAUAUUUGAUUCCGUUUCAAGAAGAUUUUACUUGCGAACAAUUACCAUGGGGACAGUACAUGCCAAGAGUCUGGAUCCGCUACCGAUGCAUGGCCCGGACUUGGGUGUCCAUCCUGAUGACUUCGUUGAUACUCCAGAACCAGAGCAGGAUUCUAAACAAGAAGUCCUCGAAAAUAAAGAUGUCAUUGUCCAGCACGUCAACAUCCAGGGGCUACAGAGAACCAAAGAAGAUCUGUUGGGCUACGAGAUCUCUGAUGUGUUCCACGCUAGAAAUCUUAUUGAUGUGAUGAAGAAGUCUCACAUCGCCAGACAACGGCUUCUCCGCCUUGGCAUUUUUAAAGACGUGGAAGUUCUUAUCGAUACGUCAGAAGGUUCUGAUGCUCUGCCCAAUGGCUUGGAUGUGACUUUCGAAGUGACAGAGAUCAAACGACUGACAGGAAGCUACAACACUAUGGUCGGGAAUAACGAAGGAAGCAUGGUCCUCGGACUUAAGCUGCCCAACACACUCGGUCGUGCUGAGAAACUCACCUUUCAGUUCUCCUACGGUACCAAGGAAACCUCAUAUGGACUUUCCUUCUUCAAGCCUCAACCAGGACACUUUGAACGCAACCUCUCGCUUAACUUAUAUAAAGUUACCGGCCAGUUUCCCUGGAGUUCUUUAAAAGAGACUGACAAAGGCAUGUCUGCGGAACUCAACUUUCCUCUGUGGAGGACCAACCACACACUGAAGUGGGAGGGUGUGUGGAGAGAGCUGGGCUGUCUGGCUCGGAGCGCUUCCUUCGCUGUGCGAGAGGAAAGUGGACACUCACUGAAGUCGUCCAUCAUGCACACUGUAUCAAUCGAUUCCAGAAACUCCGCCAUCUUUCCCAGCAGAGGAGGUUUACUGCGGCUCAACCAGGAACUUGCGGGCUACACAGGAGGCGACGCCAGUUUCCUGAAAGAAGAUGUUGAGCUACAACUAAAUAGACGGCUCUUCUGGGACUCGGUUCUGUCAGUGUCUCUGUGGGGAGGAAUGCUGUAUCGCAUCGCAGGGAAGCCGUCCUGCAUCGCAGACAGGUUUUACCUAGGGGGUCCCACCAGUGUCCGGGGUUUUGGGAUGUACAGUAUUGGCCCUCAAAGUGAAGGUGACUAUUUGGGCGGAGAAGCCUACUGGGCCGGCGGCGUGCACCUCUACACCCCUCUGCCCUUCAGACCGGGCAGGGGGAGUUUUGGAGAUCUGUUUAGAACUCACUUCUUUCUCAAUGGUGGAAACCUCUGCAAUCUCAACUACGGUGAAGGUCCGCAAGCUCACUUGCAGAAGUUGGCCGAGUGCAUCCGCUGGUCGUAUGGAGCCGGCAUCAUGCUGCGCCUGGGAAACAUCGCCAGACUGGAACUCAACUACUGCAUACCCAUGGGCGUUCAGAGCGGCGACAGGAUAUGCGAUGGGGUGCAGUUCGGUGCUGGAAUCCGCUUCCUGUAAUGUCUGCAAAAGUGCUGAGAAAAGGGAGAACCUUCUGUUAUCUGUCACCUGUAUUGAGUUGUAGAGUAUAACACAAGCUUGGGUCUCGCGGACAAACGUCCCACUCCCCUUCUCCAUGUUGAACUGGAAUCACCUCCCACUUGGACGCCUCUCACAAAUGUCCACCUGUGAAGUAAUGAAAUAGAGAAUCGUGAUUUUUAGUUUUCCAUCCUAGUUGUGGAUAUUUAUAUCUGAUCGUCACUCCUGCACUCACACCUCCGUCAAUGAUUCUUCAGGUGGAUUGUUUGCGGACAGACGCUUGGUCUCCUGCAGGGAAGUGACCUCCCACCGUGGUCACACACGCCUCCGACCCCUGACUUUUGCAUGUUUGCUUGUUUGUAGCAGAGAGAGAAAGAACCGGGUUUAUCAGGUUCAAUCAGAGCAGGUGGACGGUUCCUCUUUGAGCAGCAUUCACCAGCAGUGCUCUUACCGAUAGAAGCUGUUUGUGCACACCAAUAAAACACACC